AUGGCUGAAGCCAAGUCUAAACCUUUGGAGCUUGAAGAGAAACCUCUGCAACCCGAUGUCGUUCAGAAUCUGUAUAAGAACAAAACAUUUUCAGAAAAGUUAUGGCACAUAAAAGAGCACAUCACAGUAGAACCAUUGCUAGCUGGUUUGAUUAUACCAAGUGUAAUAUCAAGAUUUGCCAUGGGAAACCUGAAUCUGGAUAAAGCUUGUCGAGUAAACUUAAAUUUUGGAGACGAAAUCUGCGACGCACUGGUACAGAAAAGGAGCACCAACUUUUCCCACUAUGAGAAAGAAGUUCAAAAGCUCAUUUCUUCUAUUGAUAUCUGGAAGGGCAUAAUACAUACAGCAUUGCCUUGUAUAAUAAUAAUGUUUUUGGGAUCCUGGAGUGACAGGACAGGGAACAGGAAAUUAAUUAUAUUGCUGCCAAUUUACGGCGAGGUCUUGACAUCGUUGAAUAAUUUGGUCAAUGUAUACUUUUUUUACGAAAUACCUGUAGAGAUCACGGUUUUCCUAGAGACGUUUUUCCCAGCAGUUACCGGUGGUUGGGUUACAAUGUUCUUGGGUGUUUUUAGUUACAUAAGUGAUAUUACUUCUGAGGAAUCGAGAACAUUUAGAGUGGGUUUAGUAAAUUUCUGUAUGACAGCUGGUUUGCCAAUUGGUAUUGGCAUGAGUGGAUUCCUGCUUCAGAGGAUGGGCUAUUACGGAGUUUUCUCAAUGACGACUUUUAUGUUCCUAUUAGUCUUGAUGUAUGGAACCUUCUGUUUGAAAGAACCUAAUAAGUGGCUCAAGAGCAAAGGUUUACCUGAGAUAGAACGUCCAGACCAAUCAAAUGUGUCCUUCUUCAAUAUCUCCCACGUCGUAGAAACGGUUUCAGUAGCUUUCCAGAAGAGGACAGACGGACGCCGGGCCAAGGUUCUACUGACGCUAUUUAUAGUGUUUAUACUUUAUGGACCCACUAUAUCGGAACAUGCAAUAUUCUACUUAUUCGUCAGGAACCGGCUCAACUGGGACAUGGUGAAAUAUGGUGUCUUUAUCAGCUACUCCAUCAUUUUGCAUUCAUUCGGCGCCAUGUUUUCUAUAACAAUCCUGAGUAGGCGCAUGCGGAUCGAUGACUCAUUGCUGUGCCUUAUCUCCGUCAUCAGCAAGUUUGCCGGCUCCAUAUGGACUGCAUUCGUCACAACGGAUAUUGAGAUGUAUUUAGUACCGGUUGCUGAAUUACUGAAUGCAUCCACUUUCACUUCUCUUCGGUCUAUAAUAUCAAAGUUGGUGGAAAAACAAGAAACAGCGAAGGUCAACUCUAUUUUCUCUUUGACUGAGACACUGGCGUCUCUAAUGUUCCAGCCGCUUUACUCUUGGAUGUACUUGCAAACUCUGUCUGUGCUACCAGGAGCUGUAUUUCUUAUAAGCGCGGCUAUUGCUAUACCACCUGGUAUAAUUCUUGUAUUCUUCUACGCUCAACACAGAAAAGAAUUAAGAAUAACGAGAAAGAAAGCAUUGGAAGACCAAGAAAAGAUAGAUGCCAAAGAAGCAGAAUUUAAAAAAGCGGAUCCAUUAGAAUUUGUUUCUGUCACUGAUAAGGAACCCGAGCACAAAGAAAUCAAAGAAAAGAGUUAG